CAAGGGGAGGGGAAAAUCCUUAGUCCAGCAAUUACGGAAGCCGGUGAGGAAGUGUGGCCGCUUUGCCACAGUCCAGUCGUUCCCGAUGCCCAGCGCCAGUCGCCAGAAUCAGGAGAAGCCGCGGGAGAUCAUGGAAGCGGCGGAAGAUUAUGCUAAAGAAAGAUAUGGAAUAUCUUCAAUGAUACAGUCACAAGAGAAACCAGAUCGAAUUUUGGUUCGAGUUAAAGAUCUGACAGUACAAAAAGCUGAUGAAGUAGUUUGGGUUCGUGCCAGAAUUCAUACCAGCAGAGCUAAAGGAAAGCAGUGUUUCUUAGUACUACGUCAGCAGCAGUUUAAUGUCCAAGCUCUGGUGGCUGUGGGAGACCAUGCAAGCAAGCAGAUGGUAAAAUUUGCUGCCAACAUCAACAAAGAGAGCAUCGUGGAUGUAGAAGGUGUUGUGAGGAAAGUGAAUCAGAAAAUUGGAAGCUGUACACAGCAAGAUGUUGAGCUUCACGUUCAAAGGAUCUAUGUGAUUAGUUUGGCUGAACCCCGCCUGCCCUUACAGCUGGAGGAUGCAGUUCGACCUGAAGUAGAGGGUGAAGAGGAAGGAAGAGCUACUGUUAAUCAGGAUACAAGACUAGAUAACCGAGUCAUCGAUCUUAGGACAUCAACUAGUCAGGCAAUCUUCCGUCUCCAGUCUGGUAUCUGCUACCUUUUCCGUGAAACUCUAAUUCACAAAGGGUUUGUAGAAAUCCAAACCCCCAAAAUCAUAUCAGCUGCCAGUGAAGGAGGAGCCAAUGUAUUUACUGUGUCAUAUUUUAAAAGCAAUGCAUACCUGGCACAGUCUCCACAGCUAUAUAAACAGAUGUGCAUUUGUGCCGAUUUUGAAAAGGUCUUCUGUAUUGGACCAGUAUUCAGAGCUGAGGACUCUAAUACACAUAGGCAUCUGACAGAGUUUGUUGGUUUGGACAUUGAAAUGGCUUUUAAUUACCAUUACCAUGAAGUAGUAGAUGAAAUUGCUGACACAUUGGUACAGAUAUUUAAAGGACUUCAAGAAAGGUUUCAAACUGAGAUUCAGACAGUAAAUAAACAGUUUCCAUGUGAGCCUUUCAAGUUUUUGGAGCCAACCUUGAGACUAGAAUAUCGUGAGGCUUUGGCUCUACUCAGGGAAGCUGGAGUGGAAAUGGGAGAUGAAGAAGAUUUGAGUACACCAAAUGAGAAACUCUUGGGUCGUCUUGUAAAAGAAAAGUAUGAUACUGAUUUUUAUAUUCUUGACAAAUAUCCUUUGGCUGUAAGACCAUUCUAUACAAUGCCUGACCCAAGAAAUCCUAAACAAUCCAACUCUUAUGACAUGUUUAUGAGAGGGGAAGAAAUCUUGUCUGGAGCACAGAGAAUUCAUGAUCCUCAGCUGCUAACAGAAAGGGCGUUACAUCAUGGAAUUGACCUGGAGAAAAUAAAGGCUUAUAUCGAUUCCUUCCGUUUUGGAGCUCCUCCUCAUGCUGGUGGUGGCAUUGGAUUGGAGCGAGUUACUAUGCUGUACCUGGGAUUACACAAUGUUCGUCAGACAUCCAUGUUCCCCCGUGAUCCCAAAAGAUUAACACCUUAGGGAAAGUUGCUUUUUUAUUCUGUCCAGUAACCUGCUAUUGAUCAGGCUGUUUAAAUGCUCAAAAUAUGCAAUAGAAUUAAUGUCUUACCUUCUAAAGUGCCACAGGUUUUUUUGGCUCAUUAACUGCAAUUUAGAGAUGAUUUUAACUGUCUUGGACAUUCUCUGAUAGGAAGGGCUUAAAUAUUUUGUAUGAGGAUUUCAUAUUUAUGUUAAUUCAUAUUCCGUUAUGUCAAAUUUUAACAAAUUUCUAGGCAGAUAACAUUUUAAAAUUUUAUGGUUGUGCAGUAAAUUUUUUUUUCUAUCUUAUCUUACAAGGGCCAUAAAAUUGUAUGUCUUAAAAUUCAGUAUUUCAGCCAAUUUUUAACAAUGUGUCAAAGACAGCCUAGAAAAACAUUGUGGAACAUUAGCAUCUUUCUAACUGGAAUAUCAUGGAGAAAAGUAGGAAAUAGUAGCAUUUUAACUAAAAAAUUAUGCUCAUGUAUCAUGUAAAGCAGGUGGAAAUGCAGGUUGCAAAUCAAAGUUUUAAUGAAAUAUUGUACUGAGUUGCUAAAAUUCUAAAACUUGAGUUGCAAUAAAAUUCUAAAACUGG